CUCGGAGAAGAGGGCCCCCGGUGAAGAUGGACAGCCCGGAACGACUAACCCUCCCCACCGGACGGUCCCUGUAGCAUAGAUGGCCCGGACCAGCUCACCCUUCCUUCCCACCGAGGGGAGACAGAAACCAGCACCUGAGAUGUUUGCUCCCGGCGGGUCCGGUGGUUCUUCAAUGCCGAGGAGAAGAGGUCACGGGGCUCAUGCCCUUCCCAAGCAGCCAGAAAGAAGUCUGGCAUCCGCCCUGCCUGGUGCAUUAUCCAUUACAGCCCUCUGUACCGCUCUGGCAGAACCAGCUUGGCUACAUAUCCAUGGGGGAACGUGCAAACGUCGGGAGUUGGGGGUAGCAGAUGUACUUGGAACUGAAGACCCUGAGCUUCUUACAAAAUUCUGUAUGAACCAUCAGACAAUACUUCUCCUCCGUGUCAUCGCCGGCUUCUGCUUCCUGGGUAUUGCCUGCAGUAUGACCGCUUUCUUGCUUGAUGUCUUUGGUCCGAAGCAUCCUGCCCUCAAAAUUACGAGGCGCUAUGCUUUUGCCCACAUACUCACAGUUUUGCAAUGCGCAACAGUUAUUGGUUUCUGCUACUGGGCCUCGGAGCUCAUAUUGGCACUCCAGCAGCAACACAAACAAUACCACGGCUCCCAGGUCUACGUCACCUUUGCCGUUAGUUUUUACUUGGUGGCCGGGGCAGGGGGAGCCUCCAUUCUUGCCACCGCUGCCAACCUCCUGCGCCAUUAUCCAUCAGAAGAAGAGGAGCAGGCUUUGGAGUUGCUGUCGGAGAUGGAAGCUGACUCUUACCCAGCCGAGUAUGACGUCAUGAAUCCUUUCCAACCACCGCCUGCUUACACGCCAUAACCAGGGCCCCCAGGGCCUCAACCCUAAGACUGUCUCCCUAUAACAGAUGGAGAACCUGCUGCUUGCAUCAAGAGGACAUUUUUGGCCAAACUAGCAUAUGCGUAUGGAAAACGGGCUGUUCUGUACCCUCUUGCAGCUUGGUCAUCCACACAGAUUUCACAUCUGCUUCCUUUGCUGUUCUACUUUUGUGAUUGUUCACAACCUUCAGAAUGCUUUUUUCUGUCUAUAACCGCGUCACCCCUAUGUCUGCCUCGAUACAGGUUUUAAUUCGACACCCUCACAGGUUGACUUUGUAAGAAAUGGCUGCUGCACGGUGUCACUGGCACAAAUGUGGGCAUGCUAUGGUGCUUACAAUUGUAAGCUAUAUAUUUCUUAUCAGUUUUUGUUUUUUUAAAGAUAAUAAAGGCUAACUCCACUCCAAACCUGGACAUUUAAUCUAUAGUUUAUCACAGUAUUCCAGAAAAAAAGACAGCCUGGGAAGCUGAGAUAUGUGGAGUUGUUUGAAGAGUUAAAGGGUUACUCUGCCCCUAAACAUCUUAUCCCCUAUACAAAGGAUAGGGGAUAAGAUGUCUGAUCGUAGGGGUCCCGCCGGAUGUGGCGCUGGAGGCUUGUGGCGUCACAGCGAAC